AUGGCCUUGACCAACGACGACUCGAAGUUGUUGUCCUCGAUCUUCAUGUUGUCAAUCUUCUUGAGCGACUCGAUGAUCGGCUCGAUCUGCGACAUGAGCCGUUCCAGCUUCUCCUGUCCCUUCUGCGCCUCCAGUCCAGAGUCGUCCUCGAUCAGCUUGUCUCCGCAGACAGAACACUCGAACGACGUCUUGUCGUCACUCAGAAGCGACGAAGCGUCCAAAAGAGAGUAUUUCGUCCGACAAGACGGACACAUGUACCCCUGUGGGUCGCUCAACUGGUCCACCUCGUCCUUGACCAUCUUGACCAGAAAAUGA